CAUCUCUCCUUCCAGAGCAUCUUGUACUCAUGACUACAUUCAUGGCCGACAAGUUUCUUCAGCCCACAACCCCAUCCCCCCAAGUGCUGCCUCGAAUGUCCUGUACCAUUCAAAAGAUGAUAUCUUACAGAGCAGUCACAGCCACACAUUUGAGGAUAAGGAGCAUAAGAUCUGGUGAAUGUCCAUCUGGGAUUAGACCCAUCAAAGUAGCUGAACACAACCCUGGCUUAGUUGGUGAUGAGAGGGAGUUGCAAGAAGAAAAGGAACCAUCAAAUUUGAAUGCUCUUCACCAGCUUAAAACAGACAUGUACAAGGCACUCGAUGGACUCAAUAGAGGGAUUUUUGGAGUACCAUCUACAAAGAAGUCUAAGAUUGAAGGUUUGGUGAAACUUCUUGAAUCUCAAAACCCAACUCCAGAUCCUACUCUGAAUCUACAUAAGGUCGGUGGCUGCUGGAAGCUUGUCUACAGUACAAUUACAAUCUUGGGUUCAAAAAGAACAAAGCUGGGAUUGAGAGAUUUCAUCUCCUUGGGAGAUUUUCUCCAGACCAUUGAUGUCCAAAAGAGCAAAGCAGUUAAUGUGAUAAAGUUCAAUGCCAAGGGAUUGAAUUUCUUAAAUGGAAAGCUGACAAUUGAAGCUUCCUUCAAGAUUGCAUCAAAAUCAAAAGUGGACAUAACUUAUGACAGCUCAACAAUCACUCCUGACCAGGUAUGCUGCAUUCAAGAGCACAUGAAAUUUUUUGCUGAUGAAUAUGUUCCAGAAAAAUUAUGAUCUUUUGCUAGCAAUCUUUAAUCCAGAGGGUUGGCUCGAGAUCACAUAUGUGGAUGAUAACAUGAGGAUAGGGAGAGAUGACAAAGGCAAUAUCUUCAUUUUGGAAAGAUCAGAAGAAGAAAUGCCCUAAGAACAGUUCAAAUAAAAAUUUGGAACUUUAAAGAUCUUGUUUGUUGAAAGUUUUGAAGCAUUUCUUUGAACAUUGUUAAUUUUUUGUAGGUAUGUUGUACACAUAAAUCUGAAGAAACUGGCUAACUAGGCACAAUGUUAGAUGGCCUUCUAGAUUUUUUCUUCCUUAAUAAAGAUCAAGGAAUUUC